UCUUCUUCUUUUCUUCAGUUCUUCGCUUUCAUUUCUCAACUCUUUCUUUUUCUCUCUCAAUUUUCCCGCCGUUCCGCUCCAACUAUCUUCCCGGACUGUAGACUGGAUCGUUUUGUUUCACAAGGAUUUGAAGCGCAGGCAUCUUCGAGGAGAAGAAAAUUACAUGUCAGUGCUUGAGAGAUUGAGCUGCUUGCGGGCUUUUCUCUUUCUUGUAAUCGAGGACCAGAGAUGAAGCUUUAAAUACUACGCAAGGGGAGUCUUGUUAGCACAGAUCCGUGAGUUCUUGCUCUAUUUCUCUACUUUCUCCUUUCAAAAAUGUUUUCCAAGCUCUGAAACCGAAAGAGGAAUACGAAGAAAGGAGGUGAGAUUAAGCCAUAUUAGACGGUGUGAAAAGGUCCGAAGUUGGAGGUUUUAAGAUGAGGCUUGCAGGCUGGAGGAAGCGAAGCUGAGAGGUCUGAGAUAACCAGCGGUUUUUGCCUCUGGAGAGCACACAAUUUCGGGAACUUUUGGGAGUUUUGAACGGAAGGGCUGCCUGCUCUGCUGACUAAAGAUUGUGAUAUAUCAAAGGGUAAAAGAAGGCCUUUUAAUUACUACACAGACAGCACAAAGUAAAGAGGUACUCUCUGAAUUAUCAUCAUCAAUAUGUGCAGAAUACAACCACCGCCCCUGCCGUAUUUCAACAUCUGCCCUACUUAUUUCUCUCUCUAGACGACCUGCACCCUCCUCUCUCUCUCUCUCUCUCUCUGUAGAGGUGGGAUAAAAAGCAUCUGCCAAGGGUCAAAGGGGUCUCCAUUUACGGAUCUUUGUUUGAGUAGUUGAGGAAUGAAAGUGUUAUGGAGGUGGUGGAUAAUAUACAAGAACAACCGCGCAAGUUCCCAAGGUUAGCAACUGGCAGAAGUAGCGACUCCAAUAAGAUAGGAUUAAAAGGGGUUGAGAACAUUCAACCGGAGGAUGAAGAAGACAAAGAAUCAAAAAGGGUUGGUGGUAGCACCGCGUUAGUGGGCAGUGGAGGUGUAGGAGGAGAUGAUGAUGAUGGUAAUCGGCUUCGUGGAUGGCACCACUCCCGGAUUAUUAGGGUUUCUCAAGCUUCGGGCGGGAAGGACAGGCAUAGCAAGGUGUGGACUUCAAAGGGACUUAGAGAUCGAAGGGUUCGGUUAUCGGUAGCGACGGCGAUUCAGUUCUACGAUCUUCAAGAUCGGUUGGGUUUUGAUCAACCAAGCAAGGCUAUCGAGUGGCUGAUCAAAGCGGCCGCGGAUGCAAUAGCAGAGUUGCCUUCGCUGAAUGCCUCUUUUCCGGAAACUCCAAAACAGCUGAGUGGGGAAAAGAUUAGUGUCACUGAUCAACCCCGGUCGUUAGACCCAGUCGAGCAGAAUCAGAGCCAAUUACAUGUUUCCUUGUCCAAAUCUGCUUGCAGUAGUAACUCCGAAACCAGUAAGGGUUCAGGUUUGUCUCUCUCGCGAUCUGAGGUUCGCGUGAACCGCCUCAAAGCUCGCGAAAGGGCGAAGGAGAGAGCACAAAAGGAAAAGGAAAAAGAACAGGACUCUUCUCGCAUCGCCGAUCAUAAUCUCACCUCCAUGGCCCCAAAUUCAUCUUUCACCCAGCUACUCUCUGGCGGUGCUGCAACGGUUUCAGCUCAUCGGGACGCCGGCGUGGCUGUAGAAAGGCAGUGGCAGUCAUCGACCGUUGCUAUGGAUUACUUCAGCUCGGGAAUUCUUGAGUCGUCCACUUCUAGAACUCACCACUCUUCGGGAUUUUCCGAACAAAUGAAUUUGGGAACUCCGUUGCCACAAACCAUGUCAAGCACUCCAUUAUUUAGCAGCGUCUCAGCUAGUGACAAUAAUGCGGAGCAGCUUCAUCAUUUCUCAUUUGUUCACGAUGGCAAUAUAAUUCCCGUGGCCACAACUCAACCGGCGGGUGGCAGCGACUACAACCUCAACUUCACCAUUGCUUCCAACCUUCCGGGUUAUUAUAGGGGGACCCUUCAGUCCAAUUCAUCACUUUUGCCUCAUAUCCAGAGGUUUUCUCCUGUUGACGGAUCCAAUUUACCUUUCCUCUUCGGAGCGGCGACUUCUUCGGCUGCUCCACAAAUGGAAAAUCAUCAUCAUUAUCAGUUUUCGCCUGCAUUUGACGGUCGUUUGCAACUCUGCUAUGGAGGCGGAAGCCGGCAGUCGGAACAGAAAGGAAAAGAAAAGAAAUGAACUCUUUGUACAGCAUAUUCCUCUCAGCCUAUCUUCUUCCUGGAAUAUGAAAGCGCAAGAAGGAAGAGUGAGUAGAAGCUGAGGCAGGUACUGUUCAACUCUGUUGGUUCUGUUAUUUGGUUGCUGCACAGGAGAGGUCUGAAUUUAAAGCACAAAGUAUUUGCUGUCUGGAGAAUUCUUUUCCAAGUUUUGAUUGUAAUUUCCCUUAUUGUUUCACAUGUGGUGUUUAAAUCUUUUGAUAGCCUUGCUUUGAUAGCUGUUGUGUGCAGUGUUUUGAGCACUAGCAGUUUUUCCCGUAUAAUUUUCCCCUUCAUUUGUGGAUCUGUUUUGUAUUGCCUUCUUGUUGGAAUAAAAAUCCCAUCGUAAAAAAAACGUUUUCCUUUCGUAA